GCUCGUUCGGUUCAUCUGUGCUUCUAGAACCACCUUGUUACUUGUGCCGCAAGGGGACUGACUCUGACUGCGAAGAUUGCAUCAAAUGGAGGGCAAGUACUUGGAGGCCCAGGCCCACUCAACCGUGGACAGUAUUGAGCUUCCUUUUGGCCCAAAGAUCUGUCCAGAAAGAGAUCCAACUCCUGUGAGGAACAAAAUUGAACCGACGGAGAUUCGUGUCGCCGGCGGUCGGGUCCGCUACAAGCUAAGGCCUUCUGCUCUACUGAUAAUGGAGCAAAUCGGGUCAAACUCAAAUCAUAUCGCUGCUCCUCUUCCAGAUGCAGAGUACGAAGUUUUCCUGAGCUUUAGAGGUCCUGACGUCCGCACGACUUUUGCUGAUUUCCUCUAUAGACUCCUGGAUCGUCCCAAGAUAAGGACCUUUCUCGACGAUGAAGAGCUUCGCAAGGGGGAGAAGAUUGCCCCUUCUCUCGUCAAGGCAAUCAGGGAAUCCAAAAUAUACAUCCCGAUUCUUUCCCCGGGCUAUGCAUCUAGCAAAUGGUGCCUCCAGGAGCUAGCUCUGAUGGUGGAACGUUACAAGGAAGAUGAAGGUCGUCACGUCAUACUGCCCGUUUUCUAUUUGAUGAACCCGAAAGAUGUGCGGCAUUGCAAGGGUCCCUAUGAGGGAGCAUUGGAACAACUUCGAUUGAAAUAUGGUGACGAAUCCAUUAGGGCCUGGAAGGAUGCUCUCGAAGAGGUAGGCCUAAUGACUGGAUGGCGCGUGACUGAGUCGGAUAGACAGGGACUGGUGGCAGAAAGUGUUUUCUCGGAGGUGUGGUCACAUGUAAAGGGGAACUACAUGUUAGUGACAAAUGAGUUGAUUGGAAUUGAUUCUCAUGUAAACCAAGUGACGGAAUUGCUGAAAUCAGAUUUUGAAGGCGGCGCUAGUGUUGUUGGCAUUCAUGGUAUGGGUGGUAUCGGUAAGACCACUAUCGCCAAGGCCGUUUAUAACAAGGUCUUUACACAAUUCGAGCGUCACUGUUUUCUGGAAGAUGUCCGAGAAACACUAUCGUUGAAGAAUGACGGCGUUACAACUUUGCAGAGUAAGAUUAUUUCUAGCAUUCUAUGGGAUGAUCACAAGGUUAGAAAUGCCAGUGAAGGAAUCCACAUUAUAAAAGAUAGAGUAUGUCCCUACAAGGUUCUGAUUAUUCUCGAUGAUGUGAAUGAUCGGUUUUUGUUUGAGCAAAUCUUAGGUGAAGUAAGAAAAUUUUCCCCUGAAAGUAGAUUUAUCAUCACGACAAGAGAUAAAAGGGUACUAGAGCUGUUACAAGUAUCUAAGCUCUAUGAACCUGGAGGGUUGAGUCAUGACCAUUCCCUUCAACUUCUAAGGCAACAUGCAUUUAGAAUGGAUAACCCCCUUGAAGAUAGGACAACCCUGUGUGAGGAGUUUGUAAAAGUUGCAGCAGGCCUUCCUUUGGCUCUUGAAGUUAUAGGGUCGCUUUUGUUUCGUAGAGAUAGAAAAUUCUGGGAAGCGAAGUUGAUAGAACUAAAGAGAAUUCCUCCUACCAAGGUGCAGGAGAGAUUGAAAAUAAGCUACGAUGAGUUAAGUGGUAGUGAAAAACAAAUUUUUCUGGACAUUGCUUGUGUUUUUAUAGGAACAAAGAAGGAAUUGCCUUUCCAUAUGUGGAGUGAUUGUAAUUUUAAUCCAGAAAGUGGAAUCAGCACUCUUAUUUUGAGGUCCUUGGUAAAGGUGGGUGAGGAUGAUAAAUUUUGGAUGCAUGACCAUGUAAGAGACCUUGGGAGAAUGAUUGUUCGUGAAGGAGAUGAUCAACAUCCUUGGAAGCGCACUCGAAUAUGGUCCGACGAGGAUGUAGUGGACAUGUUUAUGAAUGGAGAGGGAACCGACAUGUUGGAAGUUCUUAGAGUUGACAUCAGUUGUUUGGAUUUUGAGCUCACUGAGAAAGAAUUUCGUAAAUUGUCAAGGUUAAGGUAUCUCGAAGUGUACUCUGGAAGGUUGACUGGAGAUUUCAAGAAUAUUCUUCCGAAUCUACGUUGGCUGCAUCUUCAUUAUUGUGAUUCCAUCCCUAUCGAUUUCAAUGUAAAGAAAUUGGUAAUUCUGGAUCUGAGACGGUGCCCUGUAACUGAUGCCUGGAGAUGCUGGGGUAGAAUCAAGAUCUUGGACCUAGGAGGGCUUCAGAAUGAAGUAACAGAACUCCCCACGAGUUUGAAGCGUCUAACCCUCUCAUCGCAUAGGGUUCCCAAUCUCUUGGAGCUCAAGGACUUGGAGUGGCUACGUUGGAGUCGUGCACUUGAGAUUCCAGGGGAUAUGUGGAAGCUGUCCAAGUUGAAGGAUCUGACGUUGUGGCUGGUUGGUAACGGGAAUGAUGCCCUUGUUCUUGACCAAGAAUCAGUUGAUCCUGAUGACCAGAAUCAUCAUUUUCUACGACGUAGUAUGAGAACCCUUAUUUCUUCCUCGCCUACCCUUCCGGCAUCUCUAAAUACCCUAUCGAUAUCGGGUUAUUGCUCUGAGCAUUUGGUGAGACUGCCGAACCUUGUGAACCUGAGCAACUUGACGUACUUAAAUUUGUCGGAUAUUGGGGCACAUGAGAUUGCCGGUCUGGGAGAGCUGAGGAUGCUGAAGAACUUCGACUUAUGGAAUGCUUCAAAUCUUAUUAAUCUUGAUGGCCUUGAACAUCUAGAGCUUCUGGCGUACUUGUGGGUGAGUGGUUGUCGUGUCCUGAGAAAACUGCCCAGCUUAUCAAAUUUGACCAAGUUACGGACGCUCAAAAUCUAUAAUUGUCCACUCCUCUCUGAAAUUCAAGGGCUUGGCGAACUGGGGGAAUUAUCAACUUUACGGAUCAACAGAUGUCAUCAGCUGACUGGGGUGAUGGGGCUUGACAAAUUGGAGUCAUUGCAAGUAAUGGAGAUUCAUGAUUGCGCUUCGAUUAAGAAGCUGCCUGAUGUGUCUGCUUUGAAGCACUUGCGGGAGUUGAAAAUUACAGGAUGCAGUCAGUUGUCAGAAGCUAAAGGGAUCGAGGGAUUGGAGUCAUUGCAAAAAUUUGUGGUUACUGAUUGCUUGUCGAUUAAGAAGCUGCCUGAUCUAUCUGCGUUGGAGCACUUGCGGAAGUUGAAAAUUACGGGAUGCGAUCUGCUGACUGAGGUGAUGGGGCUUCACAAAUUAGAGUCAUUGCAAGUAUUGAGCAUUACUGACUGCGCUUCGAUUGAGAAGCUGCCUGAGUUAUCUGCUUUGGAGCACUUACAGGAGUUGACAAUUACUGGAUGCAAUCAGUUGACAGAAGUCACUGGGAUUGAGAGAUUGGAGUCGUCAAGAUGUCUAACGAUUGAUGAAAGGCUGAAGACGCCAAAGAUGAGUGAAAUGAUGUUCAAAUCUGAGCAUGAGGGAUUGGAGCCAUUACAUAGGGCUAACAAUUCGCGCCCAAAGAUGUGGUCCAGAUUCCGGGGCCGCUGGGGAUUUUGUCGCAAAUACAUUGAUACCAUAUCUCUAUGA